AUGGCUAGAAGAAGUUCUAAACCAAUAAAAAAUAGACUUUCAUCAAAAGAAAUAAAUAGAGAAGAAAAUAACAAGCAAAUGAUUGAUGUUGAAUUGAGAUGUAAAUCAUUGAAGAUUGAGUUAUUAAAGCAAUAUAUAGUUAAUUAUCAACAAAUUGAAGAUCAAGAUGUUAAAGAAAUAGAAGAAAAACUUAAUGAGAUAACAGUUAUUUAUCAAAAUCUUUGUGAAAUAGAUAAAGAGUUUGAUUUUGUAAGAGCAGUUUCUAAUGAAAUGAUGAAAAAUAAGAAAUUCAGUUCUAAAAACUCAAAAUUUGAAAAUCCCAGACAAAAGUUCAAAAGACGAUCUAAUCAACAAGAAUUAGAUGCAUUUGUAUCACCCGAUUAUUCAAUUGGUAAUAAAAAAACCUCAAGAAAAUUUAAAUAA